AUGAUAUCAACACCACCCGACGGAGAUGCAGCGAUGAUAUGGUGGUCCGGCCGCCAUCCUCCCGCAAACCCCACUGAGUCCUUUGCCGGCAAGACGAUUCUCAUUACCGGAGCCAAUGCUGGACUCGGAUUUGAAGCAUCUCUUAAAUUCGCUGCACUGGGUGCCUCUCGUCUUAUAUUCGGCGUCCGGUCUCUCAGGCGAGGCGAAGAGGCUCGCGCUAAGAUAUGCCGGCAGACUGGCUAUGAUAAGAACAACAUUCAAUUAUAUGAGCUUGACAUGAGUACAUUUGAUUCUGUUAAACGGUUCGCUGCGGCGAUCUCCAAAGAAGAGAGGAUCAACAUUGCCAUCUUAAACGCAGGCGUGGCAUCGCCAUCCUUUCGCCUUGGCCCGGAAGGUCAUGAGAUGACGGUUCAAAUCAUGGUUCUCUCUACGGCGCUACUGGCGGUUUUGAUUAUUCCACAACUUCGAAAAUCGGCCAAGAUAUCCAAAACUCCAGCCCACCUCGAGAUAGUGGCAAGCAUUGCUUGCCGCUCCGCUAGGAUUGAUUGUUUCUCGCAAAGCAAUGACGCAGUCUUGGACCAAGUUAACCAAGCCAAAUUCUUCGGUGUACAGCGACAAUACCAGAUUGCGAAACUGUUUCAAAUGUACAUUUUGGAGGGUAUCAUACAAGGAACUGACUCGUUUGAACUGGACCAAGGUGAUCCUGGUAUUAUCAUCAAUGCGGUCUGUCCUGGCCCUUGCAAAACAACACUGGGCCGCGAUUUCCCCACCAUCCUUCAGCUUCCGAUGAUCAUGCUCCAGUCGCUCUUCUUUCGUACAGCAGAACAGGGAGCAAGGAGUUACGUGAGCGGCGCAAUUCUGGGCCCUGAGGGUCAUGGCAAGUUGUGGAACUCUGACACAUUUCUCGAGUACGUUCAACACCAAGCAGUUUAUUAA